ACCGCAAAAAAAAAUACUAAUUUUCUAUCAAACCGUCAUAAGUUUAACUAUGAAACUGACAUCAAGAGGGCGUAAGUGUCGUUUUGUAUUUAUGGUAACAUCCCUGAUCGUUUUUCCAGCAAAAUGACUUUUUCUUAGUUUUGUCUCAGUCUUCACUGUGAGUGGUUGUGUUUGUUCCUGGAGUUAAGUCAUAACUAAAAAAUGUCAGACUGCACCGAAACAAAGCGAUUGCCUACUCGAUCAGAAUUGCUUGUUAAGCUGGCACGCAGUAAAAAUAAGAACAGUACACAAGAAUGGACAAUUUCUAGUCAUGAAAACCCAUCAUAUCAAAAUGUCCCGCAACAUUUUUGCAAUACGAGUGUAACCGUCGAAAAAACUGUACCAUCUCUUGGCUGCGACUGUGACUUAUCUACAAAAUUAGCCUGUACAGCUAUGGAGCACAAUACAGCUUCUGGAAGCCUUCAGUUGAAUUCACAUACCCCAAAUUUCGAUGAAAAAACUUCUGUUCCAGGAUGUAGUAGCACCAUCACCAGUGGCUUUCGUUUAAUAACCAGUAAUCCUCAAAGUGACUUAUCCUCAGACUCAACAUCAGAUUCCGAACUUGGAGACUUUUCAGCAGAUGAUGACUGCAAAGAUCCAAAUUACUGUACAAGUGGAUCAUCGGGAACUUCGGAUGAUUUGCAACCAUCAAGUCCGACACCAACACCAGUUGAAAUAGAUUCCACCGAAAAAGAAAAGCCCAGCUCCCGAAAAAGGAAAAAUCGUAAAAACGAAUGGACAAGAACUAAAGCAAAGAUUGCAAGAAACUUUGGAAAAUCGUAUGUUUCUAGUUCCAAAACUCAUAGAAUAAUUGAAGAAAGAAAGAUGGGUCCUGCGUGUAAUUGCCGUCUUGGGUGUUCAUCGAAAAUAAAUGAAGAGAACAGAUUAAAAUUAUUCAGCAAAUACUGGGAAUAUGGAUGUUCAGAAAAACAACGAAACUUUAUUGCAGCUUCAAUGAUUGAAAUAAAACCUAAAUACAGGUAUACCCGAGUACGAGUUGAGGAAGGUUCUACUUCCAAUACCAGAAAGCCUCGACAAAACAACAAUGCAUUUUAUUUCAACAUUGAAAACUCAAGAAUUAGAAUCUGCAAAACUUUCUUUAAAUCAACUCUGGGAAUUAACGACAGGCCUAUUAGAACUGUGCUAGAUAAAAAACACCAAUAUGUCACUAAUAUGGUCGAAUCUGAUUUAAGGGGUAAGCACACCCCUUCGAAUAAAACUAAUGACAGUAUCCUUAAAGGAAUUAAGGAUCAUAUUGAUCAAAUACCACGCAUUCCAAGCCAUUAUUGCAGAGCAAACUCAAAUAAAGAGUACGUUGAUGGAAGUAUGAGUGUUGCGGAGAUACACCGAAACUACGUUGAACAGUGCAGAGCUGAAAAAGUCCCUUUUGCAAAGUAUAAAAUAUUCCACCAAGUAUUCGUGAAUAACUACAAUAUAGCUUUUCACCAUCCUAAGAAAGACCAAUGUGAGGACUGCAUUGGUUUUGAAAAUAGCGAAAAUAAAGAACAUCUGCAAGAAAAGUAUGAUGAACACUUGGCAGAGAAAAUACUUUCUAGGGAGGAAAAAGAAAGGGACAAGGAAUCUGCAAAUGAAACCAAUAUCGUGGCUGUUUAUGACCUGCAGGCUGUUCUCCAAUGUCCCAAAGGAGAGUCAAGUAAUUUUUAUUACGUAUCGAAGCUUAACAUUUUCAACUUUACCAUCUGUCAGCUGAAGAGCAAGGAAGUUAACUGCUUCGUAUGGCACGAGGGCGCGGCCGGAAGGGGAGCAAAUGAAAUCGGUUCUUGUGUUUUCAUGUACCUCAAAAGCCUCCAAGAAAACUCAACUCAAUCGUUUGAUGUCGUGUUUUACUCCGACAAUUGCUGUGGACAGCAAAAAAAACAAGUUUAUGAUUGCAUUGUAUGCUUAUGCUGUUCAAAUAUUUCCUAAUUUGAACAGCAUAACCCAUAAAUAUUUGAUUAAAGGACAUACCCAAAACGAGGGCGAUUCAGCCUAUUCUGUCAUUGAGCGUGCCGUAAAAACAACUUUAAAAUCUGGAUCGAUUUACACUCCUGACCAAUACAUUACCAUUAUUCGCACAGCUAAGAAAACUGGAAAACCAUUCUUAGUUAAUGAGCUAGACCAGGCAUCUUUCUUUGACUUAAAAGCCUUAUCUUUGCGAAUUGGAUUAAACUACAGUAUGGAUGACCAAAAAAAUAAAAUUAAAAUGACUGAUAUGAAAAUAAUGAAAUUUGAAAAAGAUUCACCUGGGAUUUAUUAUGUCAAAACGUCAUACGCCGAUAAGGAAUUUCGCCGCAUUCAAAUCAGAUUAAACACCAGGUCUUGCGAACCCAUUCCCAACAUCCUUCUAGAGACAUUACAAAAUUCUGAUAAAGGUAUAUCUUCAACGAAGAAAGAAGGGCUUUUAAAACUCUUCGAAAAAAAUCAAAUUCCAGGAUUUUAUAAAGAUUUUUACUUGAAAUUGAAAAGUUAUUAAGUUCGAUAGGUGUUGAAAAAAAACUCGUACAAAAAUCGUGAAUUAAGUUUUUGAUAUUAUUAAUAAGGAAAUGACUUUUUGUUACCAUGUAACUACAUACUUAUUCAAUGAAGUUCCUAUAUUUUUUUAUUUUUUAUUAUAAAUUACUUAAUAAUAUUUGAAGUUGUCUCUACAA